AAAAUAGGCAGAAAUGAUAAUAAAAAUAGACAAAAUGGCGGCCUUGGCUUAGCGGUAGGUAAGUCUGUGUAGUUCCUACAGCCAACUUUUCAAAGCUGAAAACUAAAGUAAAUGUAAAUGUUUGAGUUAAUUGAUCUGAAAACUUAAAGCGGUGGUGUAGUUUGUUUUGUAAUAAUAAAGACUCGUUUAAUUAUAAACAACAUUUACGAUGUAGUGGAAGUCAGCAUAUCUGCCUUGUUUUCCAUCUCUAUUAAAUAAAUAUUUAUUCAGAAAUUAAGACAAAUAUCUCAUAAAUGAGUUUAGAAAUUUCACUAUGAAAACUAACUGUAAGAAUUUAUUGGCUAAAACGAGAUUUCUCGGAAUCUAAAACUCCUAAAGUCCUUUUUUCUUCUUCAAAAAAUCUUAAUGAGUGUAAAUUUCUCACUAGACUGGUUCUGGUUCUGAAUCUAGCUCUGGAUCUGAACGUGGUUCUGGACCUGGUUCUGGUUCUGCUCCGUUCUCCUGAGCUGCUGUGAUUCAGCUGUUUUCUCCUGGUGUAACUUUAGUCAGAGUGGAGGUCAGCUGAUCCGGCUCCUUAAAAUAACCCGGAUCCCCCCACCCAGCCGGGUCGGCCGGGUCCAGAUCGGAUAAACAGGACACAACGAGGAAAUGGUUCUUGUGGUUCUGGAAUAAACUGUGAAUUUCUCUGAGAGACUGUUGGACCUGUCAUGGCGUCUGCCAGCGUCUCGUGCCCCGGUUCUGGAGGUUCUGGAGAUUCUGGAGGUUCUACUCUGGCUUUCGAGGAUUAUUCUCUGUACAGUAACCUGACUGAUGACGAGCUGCUGCAGCUGGCCAUUGAGCGCAGCCUGACGGAGACACAGUGCAGCGGUGCCGCCGCCGUGCAGACCGCCGCCGUGCAGACCGCCCGUCUCCAGGACAACGUCUCAGAACUGACCAGCAGCAGCAGAUAUCAGCGUCGAACCCCCAGCAGCCAGAAUCCUCCUGCAGCCCAGACCAGCGCCACCUACAGCUCCCCCAACCCACCGACUGAGAAACCGCCCGACCUGAAGACCUUCAAUGGAACCGUGAGUCGCUUCAUGACAGGUUCUGGGAAGAGGAUGGUGGCGUACUACAAAAAUGACGGCAGCUUGGUCCACGUCGCUCCAGAACCUGAGGAGGAGGAGGAGCCUCUGUUCCGGGCAAUUCGUGAAGGCAACGCCAACAAGGUGAGAGCCCUGGCCAUGUGUCCGGGAACCAACCUGAUGCUGCCCAGCAAGCUGGGUUGGCUGGCCGUCCACCAGGCCGCCUGGUUCGGACAGGACUCCUGUCUGCGAAUGCUGCUAUCAGCUCAACCAGGAAUGGUCAACAAGACUACGUCACGUGGCGAUACGCCGCUGCUGGUCGCCGUCAGCAGAGUCCAACUAGGAUGCGUUCAAGUGCUGCUGGAAAACGGAGCCGACCCAGAAAUCCCAAAUUAUGAGAAAGAGACUCCGCUGUACAAAGCCUGUGAGCGGAACAGCGCGGCCAUUGUUGCGGUGCUGCUGAACCACGGCGUGGCCGUGAACACUCGGUGCAUUCAGGGCUGGACCGCCCUGCAGGAAACCGUGGUCCGCAGCAACCUGGAGAUCUGCGACAUGCUGCUGAAGGCCGGCGCCAAGCUGAACCUGCGGAACAUGUACGGCAUCACGCCGCUUUUCACCGCCGCUCAGAAUGGCCAGAUGGCCGCGCUGCACUUCCUCAUCAAACACGGCGCAGACGUGAACACUCAGGCUGACGAUGGAGCCACGGCGCUGUAUGAAGCCGCUAAGAUGGGACACCAGGAAGUGGUGCAGAUGCUUCUGUCCCUGAAGGCUGACGCCAACAAGCCUGGGAAAACGGGAAUGUUGCCGCUACACAUCGCCGCGCAGAGAGGAAGUGACGCAAUCGUCUCCAUGUUGAUCCCAGUCACCAGCAAGGCCCGGGUCCGGCGGACCGGGAUCAGCCCGCUGCACCUGGCGGCGGAGCGUAACCGUGACGACGUCCUGGAGAUGCUGAUCGAGGCGGGCUUCGACGUCAACGCCCAGCUGUCGGAGGAGCGCACGCGGCUGUACGAGGACCGCCGCAGCACGGCGCUCUACUUCACCGUCAUCAACAACAACACGGAGGCGGCGCGCAUGCUGCUGGCGGCCGGCGCCGACCCCAACCUGGACAUGUUCCGGCCGCUCAUGGUGGCCUCCAGGAUGGGCUGCAUCCAGAUCGUCAAGCUGCUGGUGGAGCACGGCGCCGACAUCAACGCCGCCAUCCCCACCCACCCCACCACCUUCCCGGCCGUCUACAUGUUCUCCAUGAAGUACCUGCCGCUCUUCAAGUACCUGCUGGACCACGGCGGCCACGCCCUGCCCUGCUUCCACUGCUGCUACGGCGGCCGGCCGCACCCGCCCCUCAAGACCAGCCGCUCCAACUGGAACGAGGACGCCGACCGCCCGGCUGCUCAGGGGCCGGUCACGAGGGGUGUGCAGUUCUGUGAGAUGAUCUCAGUCCCAAGUAUCUGUCGGUGGGCGGGGCCAAUCAUCGACGUCCUGUUGGACUACGUUGGUCAUGUGACCCUCUGCUCCAGACUGAUGGAGCACCUGGACAGUUACUCUGGCUGGAGCGCCAUCAAGGAGAAGGCAGGUAAUCACCGAACGUUCCUGAUCCGGGGAAGACGAGACUGUUGCUGGUUUGUUGCUGGUUCCUGUGGUUCUUAACCCUGAUCUCCAGAACCCGUCGCCCUUCAUCACCUUCAUGUGUCUUUGCUUCACUUCAUUGAUACCCUGAUCGGGGUUGAGAACCACUGAGCCGGAUCUGCAACCGGCACCGCUCUGGUUGACGCAAGUUGACCCGGAGCGUUGCCGUCUACUGCUCCUCUGGUCCACAUCUGGAUCCGGACAGGAACCAGAACGCCGUGUUGGACCUGACUGACGGAUCCCGAUCCAACACCAGAACCAGCAGCACGCCGUGUCCGCUUGGUUUCUCUCUUGGCUCUGAGUCAUGAUCCUUUGACCUUCUUUUGCUCGUCUGCUUCAGCCCCGCCGCGGCCGCUGCUGCAGCUCUGCAGGCUGCGGAUCCUGCAGCUGGUGGGACGCAGGAAGCUGAAACGGCUGCCGCUUCCUGGUGGUCUGAUCCGCUUCCUGAAGCACCAGGAGCUUCCUCUGGACGAGGAGAACUGA